AGCUGUGCACAGGCGGUGAUGUGGGUCAGCCGUAGAGGAGUUAGAGUCCCCGGGGCGUCGGCCCACACUGGCAGCGUGCAGACACGCGCGGGUUACAGGGGGGCGGCUUGUGAAGGAGAACCAUGGGGGAACUCAGGAUGGUAGAAAGUGUGCAGGUGAAAAGACUCCACCUCAGCUGAGUUCCGUCUCAGCUCCUUCAGGUUACUGCAUUAGCCAUCCGCCACGUGCCAAGCAGCGGGCUCAGCGAGCGAGGACAGAGCAACAACAAAGAAAAAUACCAUUUCUGCUCUCGAGGGUGGUACAGCCAUUUGGGAAGACAGUCAUGAAGUAAUUAUUUAAUAAUUAGUGAUUUAAUUUAUAUCAAGCAAAUAAGUGCCAGGCAGUCUACAUAAAAGGAACGUAUAAAAGGUCUCCCUCUCUGGCAUAGGGGAGAAGGCUGUCUCAGGCAGUGCGGAAAUGUGAAGAAUGAGUCACAACCAGCUGGACCAAGGGAGCACCCCUACCGGGCCCUGUGGCUAUUCAGAAGCCGUGAGAAGAAAGCCAGAGAGGGUGGAACUUGGAGAGUCGAGGGAAGGGGGAGGUGUGGCGGCUGAGGAGGGAGAUAGAGACCAUAUCAGGCAGAGCUCAGAGGUCCCGUUAACGAUUUGGAACAUUGGUCUGAGAACAAUGAAAAGUUACUGAAGACAUUACACCGUAAAUGGCAUGGUCAGAGGUUCUUUGAAACACCAGCCAGAGAAGGCGAGGGCAUCAGAAUGGAAGGGAAACCAGAGAGCGCCAAGGCCCUGGCUGGACCAUUUAGGCCUAAAAUGAAAGAGGCAAAAAUCACUCCAUGACUCGUGCAUCACACAUGACUUGAAGUUUUCCAGACUCAGAACUGAACAUGCUAAUAUUGGACAGUAUUGUGCAAAGUUCAAAUUUUAAAAUAGAACAAUAUGUAAUUAGUUAUAAUUUAGGGGAAUCUCUUCCUUUAAAAUAAUAUAAAAAAUAUUAGUUCAUUGUUUUCUAUGUGGAUUCAAGGAAAAUAGGAUUCCAUAUCUAGCAUAAUAUGUUGAAAUAUGUCUAACAGUGUUCCAUUCCAAAAAAGACUCCUGUGAAGUCACAACGAUUUGUUCGGAAGUUGUCAAGAGAAAGAACGAUUAACUGCACUAAUUGUCCACUAGAUGGUAGCAGUGCAGCUGCUACAAUUUACCAAGCAGUCAUCUUCAAAAUAAUUUAGUAAUACAUUAUUUAAAUAGGCAGAGAAAAAGACACCUUAAGUGCAGAAAAGAAAUUCCUGUGAAUUCUUAAGCAGUACUGAUGGAACUUUAAAAAAUAGUAAAUUAGCUAAAUUAUCUUCCCCCUGCAAUUUAGAUCAUAUCCGUGUUGUGAAUCGGAGGGUCACCUGAGCGAAGCGGCAUUGCCGCAGGCGCAUCGCUUCAUCCACACACAGUCGGAGGACCGGCCCCCGCCCCCUCCAGCGGGUACCCGCGACCUGGAACCGACGCAUGCGGGCGCCCGGAGUUCAGAAGUAGGGUGGGUAAACCAUGCGCCCACAGCCCGGGACGCGCCCUGAGCCUUGCCUUUCCCCAGGGGUGUGACUACAGAACAGCAAGGCUGGUUUUCCAGUCUGGAUUAGGGAAGUUCUCCAUCCCUGGACUCACGUGCCAUCUGUCACCUGCUUCUGCCGGCGAACCUAAUGAAUUGGUCCGAGAGAGAAUUUCAGGCCCAGGAGGAAGAGAAGGAAGAACGACAACAGCUAAUGAUGUCAUUUGGGCACCAAAUGGGGUCUUGAUGAGCCUCUUAGGUCGUCUCAUUUGAGGAGGUAGUGACUCCCCCUGCACCAGGGCGGACCCCGCGGAACCACACACCACGUCUUUGUCCAGAAAUGCCACCUUGGCUGUCACUAAUGAAGUUCUCUGCAGCAUUAGGCAAAGCAGUUUCGUUUCGAUACUGAGUCCAACAUACACAACUAAGGGUCACAAAUUUUUCCUUCAACAUAUGCUUUAUGAAAUGCCUGAAGAUAUUCCAGAAGUUCACCGGAUUUGAUUUGAAGAUAGAGAAUUAUUUGAAAGAUUCCAGUAAAUCACAAGAAAACUUUUGCUUCCAUUUUCUAGGACAUUUCCUUUCUAUAAUAAUGUUUGAAAAAUAUGCAAAAAAGCAUAGCUUAAAAAAAUAAAGUGAUAUUUUAAACCAUGGCUAGACAUGUACUACUGAAAAAUCCUAGGAGUGCAAAGAUCCAGAAAGAUGGAAAAUUAUUGCCGUGUGAAACACUCGACUUUAAAUCUCUUUUUAAAGAGAUUAAUUUAACCUAUGAAACAUCAUACUGUCUUACAGUCAACCCUAAAAUGACACGGUGUCCAACAGCUGCUCAUCCUCCUCCGUACAUAUGCCAAGACCUUUUACAAUUCUUGAUGCAGUAAUGUAAGGUUGUACUGAACUAUACUUGCCAAGAAAACACACUCAUUCUGAGAAAAAGCUCCAGACUAUUCUUGAAAUCCAUCUAUUGUACAGUUCUUGAGGCUAAACAGGUUGGGGAGAGUGAAAGGUCUUAAAAGCAUCCCACAUCUAUAUCCUGUUCCAGAAAGAGACCUGUCAGUAUGCAACAGGUGUAAAGAAGACGAUCUGUUCACCUGCAGUCUUCUCCUGAGAGAUACCAGGAUCCUCAAGUGUUUACUUAGAUCCCUAGCUAAAAUAGAAAGAUCCUUCCUACUUGACCUGAAACCAGGCAUAGCAGCCUCUCUACAUAGUUUUAAAUCUAGUCAAACAGAAAAAGGCUUCAAGAAAAUAUAUUGGAAUGCUAGAAUGAAGGGUGAUUUCUUUCUUCUUUCAACUUUUCUGUAUUUUGCUAAAUCAUUUUCAAUGGGCAUUUAUUACUUUUAAAGUCAGAAAAUAAAACUCCAAAAAGCAAAGCUAUCACAUAAAAAAAUUUUCUUGAGGUAGUCCACAUUAAAACAAAUGCAGAGGGAUAUUUCACCCCUAAAGGUCAUAGCCACCACUUUAAUCCCCCACAUGACAAAUGCAGAUGCUCAGUUCUGCAGCCUUGCAGUGGCCAACGGUAAGUCAGUUUACAGAACAACUCUGUCAACUAUCUAGAGGGCACCGGCUCGUUCUUUGAGGGCCUGCCAUCCACCAAGUCCUCGACAUAUGCUAUCUUCCCACAGCCGCUUGUUAGAGCUGCCUUUGCAUCCCCACUUUACAGAUUAGGAAACGAAGGCCCAGAAGGACUAGGCAGCCCGCUCAAGGUGAAAAAGCUAGUGUCUGAUGUUACAUCCAUCUAACUCCAAAGUGGAGCUCUUUCUUGUCCUCUGUGCCCCUGACAAACGCACCCUUAGAAGCAAUGGAGCGAGCGUUUGCUUUGGGAGUUUCUAGUGCUGAUGAGCUUGUCCAAUGUCCAGAACACGAAGGCGUCUGCAAAACCUUCCUCUUCUCUAUCUGCAGGGUUGGGGCAAGGGGCCUCUCUUGGGAGAAUAAAAGAGAGCCUUACGUUAUGUCGCACACCUAUCAGACAGAGAUGAAUGAAGCUAUUGCUGCCUAAGCUAAGCUACGUAUAACAAGGGCGUCUCCCCAAUGAUAUUAUUUUAUAAUAAAAAUAUACAACCAUGACUCUGAGAAGUUUCAUAUAUGACCCUCUAUACAUUUGUCUCUGUGAAGAGGUAGUUUUUAAAAGGAAAUUCUAAUUAGUUAUCUCAUUAGGUAAAUUCACUCACUGUUCAGUCACCUAUGAUUCUGGGUAAAAGUCUUGCCUUCUCUUAAUAAUCCAUAAUCAACAGUGUUGUGUUCAAGACCAAAGACCGCCUGAGAGACUGUUUGAAAUGAUCUGUAAAUGAUUUUCAUUAACUCAACUCUCAGGAAGCGUUUAUUGGGCACCUACAGCAUCUUGACCCUGAAGGCAGAAGCCGAUGGACACACGUGUGAGCAAGCUUCCUAUCUUCUCUCUAGGAGUCCUCACGCCACUUUAGGAACACGGGCUGCCUCUGAGGACAGAGAGGAGAAGGGGAAAGGAAUGGGGAUGUGGGUACUUUAGCUGUUUCUCUGAUGUUUCCUUCUCUACAAAGAGAGGUACGGAGCAAGUACGGCAAAACUAUAACCACCAUAAAAUCUAGGUGGUGAGCACCUCAGCGUUUUCCAGAUUACUUACAAUAUUUUUAGUAUAAUCAAAGUAUUUUGUAAUUUAAAUGCUUUUAAUUUAACAAUUUACAAUGUAGCUUCAGAAACAUAUUUUUUGUUAUUAAGGACCUCCAACCAAGGUUCUGUGGCCAGAUUCCCAAAUUCAGGUUCCAAGUGCAAAUUCAAACUGAUUCCUUCCGUCAUUCAGUUCCAGCAUGUGGUAGAGUAGUAUUUUAGAACAAAGAACUGGGUCAGAUCCAGCUCUGUGAACAUGCUGGCAACGCCACCUUGGGCAAGUUAUUCACUAAAAAUGGAAUUUGCCUCCCAUCCCAUCUGUAAAAUGGGAUAUUCCCUAUUGUAAAAGGUAUAUGAGUAGUGUGACAUUGUGCCUGCCAUGAAAUGGGCAUUUAGUGCUAGUAUUGCCACCCCACUCCUCCCUCCCCAACUAGAAAACACGAGGGGAAAACCAUUUCAUCCACCAGACCCCUGAGAGGAAAUCAGCUCCACCUCCAGAUAAGAGCUGAGGCAUAAAACUGGCAGAGGGUCUGGGGCGGGCAGAGAACCAUGCGGCUCCUCCUGCCCCCCGUGGGCUUGAUCGCUGCCGCCCUCGCCAUCUCUCCUGUCCGCUUUGACAGGGAGAAGGUGUCCUGAGUGAAGCCCCAGGAUGAAGAACAAGCGAACAUCAUAAAGGACUUGGCCAAAACCAACAAGCUUGACUUCUGGUAUCCAGAUGCCACCCACCACGUAGCUGCUAACAUGACAGUGGAUUUCCGAGUUGGUGAAAAGGAAUCCCAAGCCAUCCAGUCUGCCUUGGACCAAAAUAAAAUGCACUAUAAAAUCUUGAUUCAUGAUCUACAAGAAGAGGUUGAUAAACAGUUUGAUGUUAAAGAAGAUAUCCCAGGCAGGCACAGCUAUGCAAAAUACAAUACCUGGGACAAGAUUGUUGCUUAGACUGAAAAAAUGGUGCAUAAGCGUCCUGAAAUGGUUUCUCGUAUUAAAAUUGGAACUACUGCUGAAGAUAACCCACUAUAUGUUCUCAAGAUUGGGAAAAAGGAUGAAAGAAGGAAGGCUAUUUUUAUGGAUUGUGGCAUUCAUGCACGAGAAUGGAUCUCCCCAGCCUUCUGCCAGUGGUCUGUCUAUCAGGCAACCAAAACUUAUGGAAAAAACAAAAUUAUGACCAAACUCUUGGACCAAAUGAAUUUUUAUGUUCUUCCUGUGUUCAGCGUUGAUGGAUAUAUUUGGUCAUGGACACAGAUACUGCUCUUCCUGCAGAACUGCAUGUGGAGAAAAAAUCGUUCCAAGAACCAGGACUCCCAAUGCAUCGGCACUGACCUCAACAGGAACUUUGAUGUCUCAUGGAACUCUCCUCCUAACACCAAGGACCCAUGUGUAGACACCUACCGGGGCCCCGCACCAUAGUCCAAGAGAGAGACCAAAGCUGUCACUGACUUCAUCCGAAGCCACCUGAAAUCAAUCAAGGCCCACAUCACAUUCCAUUCCUACUCCCAGAUGCUACUGUUUCCCUUUGGAUAUACAUCAGACCUGCCACCUAACCAUGAGGACCUGGUCAAAGUUGCAAAGAUUGGCACCGAUGUUCUAUCAACUUGAUAUGAAACCCACUACAUCUAUGGCACAAUAGCAUCAACAAUUUACCCGACAUCAGGCUCUUCUCUAGACUGGGCUUACAUCCUGAGCAUCAAACACACAUUUGCCUUUGAGCUCCGAGAGAAAGGCAAAUUUGGUUUUCUCCUUGCAGAAUCUCGGAUAAAGUCAACGUGUAAAGAGACCAUGCUAGCUGUCAAAUUUAUUGCCAAGUAUAUCCUCAAGCACACUUCCUAAAGAAUUGCGCUCAGUUUGGAAUAAGCCAAUUAAUCCUUCUCUGUGUCUUUCUCCACCAGAAAGUCCAUCUUCAGUUAUCCCUAGAUGGAGCUUCCACAGCACCUGAACAGUCCCUCUCUUGCUCACUUAAGUCCUGUGUUAUUUCUUUCUGCUUUUAUUUAUUCCCAGUAGCACCUUAACAAAUAUCUUUAAGUGAAAGCUUUUAACUACCUUUCUUUGCUCAAAGUAAAGUUCGAACCCAGCUCAAAGUAUGAUUUUGAGUAUUUUGAAAGGUGAUAUACAGUGAUCACAGGAAAGAAAUGAGAACCUUCAGUUUCUCCAGAAUCAGAUUUUCCAUGUGGCUUCAUCAUUCACAUGCUAGUAUAAUAAAAAUAAAACGCAAUCCAAAAUGCA